UCUUGUCAAUCUGAAAAGUCAAGUGGGAAAUAAGAAUGUCAUUACUCUGUUUAUUUGCAUAUUACAGUUGAAUACAUUAGGUAAAUAUUGACGUAACCUCUAGAUGCAUAACUACCUAUGUAACCAGGUAACCUAGGUCGCAGAUUUGCGACGAUUUACAGUCAAAAUGCUUCGAACAUCUACCGCCUCCGAAGAAUUUACCGAACUUCCCAUUUCGAUUCCUCCGCUUCCAUCAUUUCCAGUCGAGGCAAUACAUUCCACCUAUCUUCGGCGAAAUACCCCUAAAAUACCAACUCCAAAUGAUUCCCGAAGCCUCUUUGUCGCCAACAUUCCCUGCGAUAGUACUGUAGAGCACUUUCGAGCUUUAUUUGCUAGCCUAGUCGGACCAGGUAAAUUCGAGACCAUCACCUUCGAUCAUGACAAGAAACCCAUAUGGCCUACCCACGAGCCUGCCCAAGCCACAAGAUUAGCUGCGCAUGGGAAGAGGAAAAGAGAAGAGGAGGAGAUGCAACACGUUGAAAUCAAAGUCCGAGCUGCCUUACCUUCCACGUGGUCGCGAAGGUUAUAUCCGAGUGGUACUUCUGCCGUCGCCUUGUUCGCCGAUGAGAAGAGCGCCGGGUUGGUCCUAAAAGCUGCCAAGAAGCUGAAAAAGCCGAAACAUUAUCCUGUUUGGGGCAAAGGUGUUAGGGAUAGCGAUAAUGCGCCUCUGGGUUCUCAAUGGCUAGUAAAUCACAACAUCCUGGCCUUCCCAGAAAAGGAUGAAAUCCAGGCCUCGACGGAUGCCUACUUUACUCUUUUUAACAAGAUGGAGAAAGAAGCGCGUCAACUCGCCAAGAGGCUCCGUAACGAACCAGAUGAAGAUGGUUUCGUAACGGUCACACGAGGCGGUCGCGCCGCGCCUGCUAGGAGGGACGAAGCCGAAGAGGCUAAGCGGAAGAUGAUCGAGAGAGAGCAGAAGAAGAAGGAUGAAAUGACAAAUUUCUACAGAUUCCAGAUGCGCGAGAAGAGGAAGGCUGAGCAGGCCAAUAUGCUACAGAGAUUCGAAGAGGAUAAGAAGAAAGUACAAGCUAUGAAAGAGAAGCGAGGGAGGUUUAGGCCCGAGACUUAAGAUAAUAUCGCCAUUAGGAGCAAAGCCAUGUCCUAAGCUCAUCUUAUGGGCUACCUCCGUGUCUAGCGUUUGCGCUGUCUGAGGGUGUUUUCGAUAAUUCUUAUUCAGGCCUACCCCAGGUCCUCCAGUCGGCCAUAGUAAGAGG